AACGCCAGACGAUGCUGGAGAAGGCACGGCGCAAGAUCUAUGAAGAAUCAGAAAGAGAACGACAAAAGAUAUCCAAGUUAAAUGAAGUGCGCGUGGGAUCCGAUAAAUUCAUCACCACUACGGGUGACAUUGAGACCCAACUCAAGAGCAGCACCAUUGGUCUCACAGAGUUACGAGACUAUCGUAAGAUCAAAGAAAACUUGGAAGAGCAGCAAUUGAGAGAAGCAGCAAAAACUGCACCAUUGGGAGAGGAGAAGAGAAAGAAGAGAAAGAAAAAGCAAAUGAUGCGCCUAUCUUUUGAAGACGAAGAAGAAGAAGAGAAAGAGGAAGAGGCAAAAGAACUUGAGGCUUCACCUGAAGCAGGGGAAGAUGAUGAUCAGGAAGAGACCGAGAAGAUACAAAAGAAACGUAAAAUGCUCAAAGAUCCUACUGUUGAUACCAGUUUUCUUCCUGAUCGAGAGCGAGAAGAGGAAGAACGUCAGAUGCGGGAGGAGCUGCGUAAAGAAUGGCUGAGGAGACAGGAGGAGUUGAAGAGUGAAGUGAUCAGUAUUACAUAUUCUUACUGGGAUGGCAGUGGUCAUCGUAAAUCAGUCCAGUGCAAGAAAGGAGACUCUAUUUCUCAGUUUCUCGAUGCUUGCCGCCAGCAGUUCCCCCAAUUGCGUGGUGUUAAUGUCGACAAUUUGAUUUAUGUCAAGGAAGAUUUGAUUAUUCCUCAUCAUUACACCUUUUAUGACUUUAUCAUCAAUAAAGCACGUGGUAAAUCCGGGCCUUUGUUUAACUUUGAUGUCCAUGAUGAUGUUCGGUUAGUCAACGAUGCAACGUUGGAAAAGGAUGAGUCCCACGCAGGUAAAGUGGUCGAAAGGUCUUGGUACGAGCGCAACAAACAUAUCUUUCCUGCAAGCCGAUGGGAAGUAUUUGAUGCAUCCAAGAACUAUGGAAAAUACAAGAUCAAGUAAAAGAGACGGUAAAAAUGAUAGACAGGUUGCCAAUUUUUUUUUACAAU